AUGGUUCGGAUAUGGGCGAAAAAAAGGCCCGUUCGUAAAGUGUUCGAGAAAAUUCCAAAUGGAGUUUCUACAAGAUCGGCCAACGCCUGGAACAGGGCCGUACUUCGACACCAGUGUGCCGCAGAAUUAUACGGGACUCGUGGGUCAGCCUAUAAGUCUACUGUGCAAGGUCAAGAAUUUGGGAAACAGAACGGCCCGUUCGUAAAGUGUUCGAGAAAAUUCCAAAUGGAGUUUCUACAAGAUCGGCCAACGCCUGGAACAGGGCCGUACUUCGACACCAGUGUGCCGCAGAAUUAUACGGGACUCGUGGGUCAGCCUAUAAGUCUACUGUGCAAGGUCAAGAAUUUGGGAAACAGAACGGUUUCAUGGGUGAGGCAUCGAGACAUCCAUCUCCUGACUGUGGGGAGGUACACGUACACUUCAGAUCAGCGUUUCGAAACGAAACAUUCGCCUCACAGCGAAGACUGGCUGCUGUACAUUCGCUAUCCGCAGAAACACGACACAGGCGUCUACGAGUGCCAGAUAUCAAGUACGCCUCCCAUCGGGCACAAGGUGUAUCUCGGCGUAGUUGGUGAGUCAACGACAUAG